AUGUCUUCUACUCCGGGAAACCGCUCCCAGCGCCGGCCGCUCCACGAGAGGUCGCAGUCUCAGAACAACACUUUGGCCAUCCGUGUAGUUCCUUACUCUCCGCCAAGGCUGGAGGAUGGCGAUGUCCCCACGAGUGCCUCGAUCCCGUCCUCUCGCAGCACGAGCCGCUUGUCGUCAAAUGUCGCCGAUGUCGAUUUCCCUGCAAAGCCCACCCUCGCUUCGAAAGGAGAGGUUUCCACAUCUCUCCGUCCAGGAUCCGCCCUGUCAGCUAACUCGUCGCUGCUGGAAUCAUCCUCGACUACGCCCCCGGGGCCUAACGUUUCAGAUCUCGCUGCCCCUUCCGCCUCUACAAGUAAUAUUCCCUCUGGUCGCCUUGCCACUAAUAUCCCUGCCAUUAAUGCUCCGUUAUAUUCCUCCUCUCAUAUCCGCCCUGUUAAUGCGCCAUCCCACCACCCGCAAACCAGCCAACCUGCCACCUCUUCGGCUUCCCAUUCCUUGCCAAGGAGGCGGCGCCUUAUCAACAUUCACUCGGACAAGACCUUCUCAUUAAUUUCUCAGCCACCCGACCGUGAUCUCAGGUCACCUCCCUUAUCCUUCUCGACCAAUUCGGUUGCCUCGGAUCCUUUCACUGAUGAACAGCCGCCGAGCUCGCCCUUGACCACAUUGCCGGAACAUGAUCGUAGCUUUUCACCUUGCAGCCUAGCAUCAUCACCGACUCCUACUGCCACGCCUGAUCGCAGACCCGCUUGGCUGUCCGAUGAUCUGUCACCCAGCACAUCAUCGCCCUGGAACUACCGUAUGGUAGGUGGCCUACGCAAGGUACCAAAGACGCCCAACCUAAAACAACGGGAUCUACAUGUCGCCUCGCCUACUUCGCCCGAUAUUUCUCUUCCCGAUCUUUCUGACCUCCCAACCUCUCCCCCAACCGCGCUCUCUCCUCCCGCUUUGGGUUCCUCUUCGGAUUCAUUAAGAUCAACGUCAACCGCCUCUGAAACAACCAACUACAAAGUCUACGGGUCCAGUCCGUUGUACAAUCCUCAGUCUCGACCGAGCCCUUCGCCCUCGUUUGACGAGUCGACAAAUUACCGCAUCCUGAGCCAGUCAUCCUCGCCAUCACCUUCCCUCUACCAAGAACCGCCUCCAUCUUCAGGUAGCGACGAGAACUACGUAGUGCAUGCUCAAUCCUCACCUGCGUCAUCUUCAGCUGUAACUGUGAAGAAGAGAACUGUACGCCCAGAAUAUUCUCAGGAAAGCUUGGUUGUACCCCCACUACAACCCCGAAAGAAGCCGUCGGCCGAAAGAUUGGGCUAUUAUAGAGCGAUAUCACGAGAGUCUCUAAGACGGGCUGCCUCUCUCAAGUCCAUCUCUAGCGUUCUCAGCCAAGAAGCCACGCAUUCCGUCCUUCUCUCAUCCCCUGCCGCCGUCUAUCUGCAGGGAGGUCCGCAGGCCUUUUCGAGCAUCCUGCAAGACCCACGAACGCCGCCCGCUACAACAUCUACAUCCAGCUCUUCGCGGCCGCCCAUGAUAGCGCACCCCCACCAAUGGAGUUCUCAAUUGUCUACCGUCAUUUCGGAAAGUGAAAGCGGAAGCGAGCCUGGUUCCCGUGUCGGUUCGGCCGCAUCUCACCCUCGGCGAAGUAGUGGCUUCCCCAGCAAUCAUAGCCGAAACAUGCUCAGCAUCUCGUCUUCCAUUGACGAGCGUUCCAUCUCGCAUUCCCGCUCCCGCAGUGAUUCUCUUGACCGUCCAGCACCAUCGCACAGUCGCUACGGCCCUCGCGAUGUACAUCAGGUCACGCAACAGGAUGAACAUGGUGACGGGCUUACUGAGCUUUAUGCUCUCCACCAGCGCCCCUCGCGAACACGACUCUCGGGGUUGUUUUCCGGCAUAUCAUCCGACAGGAACCUUCAUUCUUCCUCAAGCUCGCUAGCUAAUAGCUUUGCCUCGUCCUCACUCCCUACAUGGGCAAGGCUAUACUACGGCAGUGGUGAGCGACGGUUCCUUGCGCCUUCAUCGGAAUCCAUGUUCUCCGACUACACCGAGAGCAGGCCUCCAAGCUCUUUUCGGAGCGGCUCACCUACCACCGAGCACUUUCCCGCCCAAAUCUAUAGCCAGCGACGCCGGCCACGCGAUGUGGAGCGUGAUCCUGAAAUAGCUUCGGCCCCGGCGCCGGACGACGUGCACCGAUUAGGCGGCGGUUUGCGGAAGCAGACUUCCAGCAUUUGGUCCCCCCAUCUUCGCCAUGACCAGCGGGCCAGCCGAUAUAGCAUCUGGGAACCACCGUCAGUGACUUGGUCUGCGGAGAGCGGCAUGUUGGGCAGACGGAACAUUCAGGUCGUUCUGUUUAUUGUGGGCUUUAUUUUCCCUUUUGCUUGGAUGACAGGUGCCUGUCUGCCACUACCACCGGAUCCCCGGAAGGAAAUGGCCGAAGGAGAUGGCAGCACCAGUCACCUCGACGUUCGAACUUCAUCUCUUCCGAGGCGCUCAAAGUCAUUUGAGGAAGCUCAAUAUGAAGGAGCGCACUGGUGGCGGCGGCUCAACCGCUACAUGUCCGUUGUUGGCCUUCUCGUCAUCAGCGCCGUCAUCGUCUUAAUCGUCCUUGGUGUUCGUCAAGGCUGGGGCUCGUAA